AUGCCACUUCCCAGAAACAUUCGCAAUCGCAACAAGAAAUUUGACAAGAACAUUACCAAACGUGGAAAUGUUCCAGCUGGAAAGGCCGCCGAAAAAGAAGAUGAUCCACCCGCCAGUAGAGCAUUGAUUUACUUUUUCAUGUUUGUGGUGAUUGGAUCCAGUGUGGUACAAAUCUUCAACUUGUUUGGAAAGUCAGCACCCCCCUUGGGUGACGAUGGUGCAGGCGCAGGCGGAGCAGCUCCUUAA